AUGAAUCUCCUGGACCCCUUCAUGAAGAUGACGGACGAGCAGGAGAAGGGCCUGUCCGGCGCCCCCAGCCCCAGCAUGUCCGAGGACUCGGCGGGCUCGCCCUGCCCGUCGGGCUCCGGCUCCGACACCGAGAACACGCGGCCCCAGGAGAACACGUUCCCCAAGGGCGAGCCCGACCUGAAGAAGGAGAGCGAGGAGGACAAGUUCCCCGUGUGCAUCCGCGAGGCGGUCAGCCAGGUGCUCAAGGGCUACGACUGGACGCUGGUGCCCAUGCCGGUGCGCGUCAACGGCUCCAGCAAGAGCAAGCCGCACGUCAAGCGGCCCAUGAACGCCUUCAUGGUGUGGGCGCAGGCGGCGCGCAGGAAGCUCGCCGACCAGUACCCGCACCUGCACAACGCCGAGCUCAGCAAGACCCUGGGCAAGCUCUGGAGGCUGCUGAACGAAAGCGACAAGCGCCCCUUCAUUGAGGAGGCCGAGCGGCUCCGCAUGCAGCACAAGAAGGACCACCCAGACUACAAGUACCAGCCCAGGCGGCGGAAGAAUGGGAAGGCAGCCCAGGGGGAAGCGGAGUGCCCCGGCGGAGAGGCUGAGCAAGGUGGAGCUGCUGCCAUCCAGGCCCACUACAAGAGCGCCCACCUGGACCACCGGCACCCGGGAGAGGGCUCCCCCAUGUCGGACGGGAACCCCGAGCAUCCCUCAGGCCAGAGCCAUGGCCCACCCACCCCACCAACUACCCCAAAGACAGAGCUGCAGUCAGGCAAGGCAGACCCCAAGCGGGACGGGCGCUCCAUGGGGGAGGGCGGGAAGCCUCACAUCGACUUCGGCAAUGUGGACAUCGGUGAGAUCAGCCACGAGGUAAUGUCCAACAUGGAGACCUUUGAUGUGGCUGAGUUGGACCAAUACCUGCCACCCAACGGGCACCCGGGCCACGUGGGCAGCUAUUCAGCAGCUGGCUAUGGGCUGAGCAGCGCCCUUGCCGUGGCCAGUGGACACUCCGCCUGGAUCUCCAAGCCACCAGGCGUGGCUCUGCCCACGGUCUCGCCUCCUGGUGUGGAUGCCAAAGCCCAGGUGAAGACGGAGACCGCGGGGCCCCAGGGGCCCCCACACUACACCGACCAGCCGUCCACCUCGCAGAUCGCCUACACCUCCCUCAGCCUGCCCCACUACGGCUCGGCCUUCCCCUCCAUCUCCCGCCCCCAGUUUGACUACUCUGACCAUCAGCCCUCAGGACCCUAUUAUGGCCACUCGGGCCAGGCCUCUGGCCUCUACUCAGCCUUCUCCUAUAUGGGGCCCUCACAGCGGCCUCUCUACCCCGCCAUCUCUGAUCCCAGUCCCUCAGGGCCCCAGUCCCACAGCCCCACACACUGGGAGCAGCCAGUAUAUACGACACUGUCCAGGCCUUAAAGGGGGCCUGUUCCCACCACCCCUCACUGGCCCCUCCCCCAGUCUGUGUGCCCUGCUCCUCGCCGAUCUCGGGCCUGGUAGUGGCAGUGGAGGAGGCUGCAGAGGCUGACAGCUGGGGGAGGCUUUCUGUCUGGCUCACUGCCCUGAUGACCCACCUGCCCCAUCCAGGUCCCAGCGGCAAAGCCCUUGGGCAAACAGGCUGGGCAGGGGAGAAGGAGGCUGCCUUUGCCCCUAGACUGAAAGAUGAGGGGCUGCACCUUCCCCCCAGGACGCCCCUCUAUCCCAGGACCUGAGAAGGACCCACUCACUUUCCUCGGGGAGGGGGAAGUACCCCAGGCUGGAUGAGCAUCAGAGGCCUUGCCACCACUCUGCGUCCUGUCUCCUCUCUCAUGGAGAGUGAAGGUCUGACAUGCCCAUGCCACCCGUGCCACAGUGCCUAAGAGCCAGGCCACCCAGAGACCUGUGUCAGUGCCUGGAGCUAUGUCUGCCAGUCAGAGGCUGAGGACAGCUUUGAAGAGCCUGGUGGGGAGUGGAGGUGCGGUGGGGGGCUCAGUGAGCGUUCUCAUCCCUUCAGUGCCCCCUCCCCUCCUGAAGGCAAGGAGUUGGCACAGAGGCCCCAGGUCCAAUUCCGUGCCAAUAACCUCAUUCUUUGUCUAAUCCAGAAGAGAGCCCCAGCCCUCCUCCACUACACCGCCCGACCUUGAGGCACAUCCCAGGAGGCGAGGAGGCUGGGGCUCCAGGAAAGGACCCUGAGACAAGUCGUGGAGCCUUCCUCCCUGAACUCCUUGCCAACUCCCUCUUCCCUCACUAGACUCCAUGGCCCCUGCUCAGUCAGCCCCACAUCCCUGGACAUCCCAGAGAGUUAUAGCUGCUCAGGCCCAGACCCUUGGAUCCAGGAGACACAGGCGCAGCACCCAGGUUGCUGGCAGCAGGCUGAAGACACUAAAAUCCUGCCUUGUACAUUCUGCCCUCGCCUUUCACCCUUUGCCUCCCAGUGGUAUCUGAAUAAAGUAUGUAGCUCUAUCUGCCCCUAUCUUCCUGUUCUGCAGCCCCCACAAUCCACAUGUAACUCAUUACUGUCCCCUCUUAUUUAUCUCAGUAGUCCCCUCUCCCUACCCCCUGUCCCAGCCACCCUAGCCCCUAUUAACUCUGCAUUAAGCAUUCCACAUAAUAAAAUUAAAGGUUCCGGUUACCUACUUGGUGGGCCUGA